GCCGCAGCAUAGUUCCGUCAGAGUUCUCGCGGAGAAACCAGCGUCUCGCUGGAAACCUUACGGUAGACAUGAUGAACCCGGCUGCCGAUGUGCUCGUCGCGCCGCAUGGCGUUGCACGAACAGAGACCAACCCCAAAGUGUCGUAUGUCUGCGUUGCCAAGUAGGGGACAAAUCGCGAGGUAUAAAGUCUACCUGGAAACAGAGGCAGACCUUAGUGGCUCCUCAGCACAUCACUCCCGCCUUCUAAGCACAACCAGGAUGCGAAGCUUUGCUGCUGCCGUUUCUUUCGUUGCGCUUGCGCUCCCCGUUGCUACGCAACAGAUUUAUGAUAUUUAUGCCACGGUGUGGGAUAGGUCCCAGCUGUUCACCUACACAAACUUGGGUAACAACCCCAUCAACUUUGUCACGCCUGGCGCUAUCGGUGAGGCUGAUAUUGUCGUCAACGAUGCCCAAGUCUACCAGACCAUUGUCGGCCAUGGCGCUGCGCUUACCGAUUCGUCUGCAUCACUCUUGAACAAUGUCAAGACCUCGGAUGCAGCGACCUACUGGUCCAUUCUCGGAUACCUUUUCGAUCCUACUGACGGAAAUGGCGGCGCCGGUCUCUCCUACAUUCGCGUCCCGCUCGGUGCCUCUGACUUUUCCGCAUCUGUCUACAGCUACGAUGAUGCCGCUGGCGAUACUUCUCUCACCCAGUUCAAUAUCAACAAAGCCCCGUCUUAUGUGUUCUCGGUCCUCAACGACAUCCAAAGCAUCAACCCGUACUUGAAAAUACACCUCUUGCCCUGGUCUCCGCCCGGCUGGAUGAAGGACAGUGGCACCAUGAACGGAGGCAACUUCCUCAGCCAGUACAUCAGCGUUUACGCCGAAUAUCUCUUGAAGUGCUUACAAGGCUUCCAGAGCCACAGUAUCACUGCUUACGCUAUCGGCGUUCAGAACGAGCCGGAAAACAACGACUCGACCUAUCCUAGUGCGAUCGUCACUGCAUCGCAGGAAGCCCAGGUUGCGACUGCACUCCGGACAUUGAUGAACAACAACGGCUUCACGAGUACUAGGAUCGUUGGCUAUGACCACAACUGGAAUGAUGCCGGAGGCUAUCCAGUUCAGAUCAUGCAACAAGCUCCAAACGCAUUUUCUGGAGUCGCUUUCCAUUGCUACUCGGGUAAUGUCACUCAGCAGGAUACGUUCCACAACCAGUUCCCGAGCAAGGAGAUAUACUUCACUGAGUGCACUGGAACCUACGGCAGUGACUGGUGGAGCGAUAUCAAGUGGUACAUGGACAACCUGUACAUCGGCUCGGUUACACACAACUCCAUGGCUGUCCUCAUGUGGAAUCUCGCGCUCGAUGGCAACGGUGAUCCCGAAACACCCGGCUCCAACUCGUGCAGCCCACCCUGCCGCCCGGUCGUGACGAUCUCGGGCACGAGCUACACAGUGAACCAGGAGUUCUACGCGAUGGCCCAGGCGAGCAAGGCGAUCGUGCCCAAGGAUGUGAACGGGCCCUUCGGGCAGCGCAUCGGCGUCACCGUCGGCGGGACCCUCGACUGGGCUCUGGUCGUCGGUGCGUACGUCACGGCGCGCGUGAACCCGACCGACUGGCUGCGGUACUCCCUCGUGGUGCUCAACUGGGACGACAGCGCAAGCACAACCUGGAACCCGCAGCCCGUGACGGCGACGAUCGAGUUCCGCGGCAUGCAGGCGUCGUACACGUUCCCCGUCGGCGUCACGACGCUCUGGUGGUACGCCCCUGCGACCAGCAGCUCGCAGGGCACCUUCAUGAACGCAACAGCCGAGACAGAGCCCAUGCCUGCGAGCAUGAACAUCGCUGUCGAGGAGCAGGCGCCCAUGAUCUGGGGCACGGGCCACUGAUAUCGAUAAACCCCCAUCCC